AUGGCUGAUGCACAAUUUGACAGCGCGCUCGACCUCCUUCGGCGCUUAAACCCGCGGGACACCAAGACCAACUUGCAAGCCAUUACCUCAAUCGUCCCCGAACUCACCGAAGACCUCCUCUCCUCCGUUGACCAGCCCCUGGAGAUUCGCCGCUGCCCGCAGAGCAGCCGCGACUAUCUGCUCUGCGACUACAACCGCGACGGCGAUAGCUACCGGUCACCAUGGAGCAAUGAGUUUGACCCUCCGCUUGAGGAUGGCACCGUGCCCAGUGAGCGAGUGCGCAAGCUCGAGGUUGCCGCCAACGAGUCGUUCGAUGUUUACCGCGAGCUGUACUAUGAAGGAGGCGUGGGAAGUGUGUAUUUCUGGGAUUUGGAUGAUGGAUUUGCCGGCGUGAUUCUAUUGAAGAAGGGUGUCACCCCGGGUUCCCAGAGCUCCGGCGAAUGGGACAGCAUUCACGUUUUCGAGGCUACCGACCGCGCUCCCAACAAAACCGAGGCUCUUGGUGAUAUGGACCUCAGCGGGAACAUGACUCGCCAAGUGGAAGUUGAUCUGCCUGUGGAGUCGGAUGCUAGCCAUGUCGCCAAUGUGGGCAGGUUGGUGGAGGAUAUGGAAUUGAAGAUGCGAAACUUGCUACAGGAGGUUUACUUCGGCAAGGCGAAGGAUGUAGUUGGCGAGCUCCGAAGCUUGGGCCCAUUGUCUGAUGCGAACAGAGACCGGGAAACCCAGCGGGAAAUGAUCAAGUCCAUGCAGAAGUAG